AUGUUCGUGUCGUUAGAGCGCUGCCUGUGUAUCACCUGGCCUCUCAAGUUCAAAACUCUCUUCACAACCAGAAAAGCUGCUGUCAUAUGUACAGCUAUCACGUGUGGUACCAUCGUGUCGUACAUCCCAGUUCAGCUUAGUCAAGGGAUCCGAGAGCAAUAUGACGUCACCACAAACAGAACACUUCUGAUGUUGUGGUUUUCAGAUGAUCGAGAAGAAAUUAUCAAGUAUAGUAACUCAUUUCAUAGACUUUUCCUUCACAACGCGAGUCUGGCCUCAAUCACUAUCAGCGCUACUCUUAUGGCAGUUCGCCUCCGGGCCUCAGCAGCGUUCAGACAACGAGCAGCUUCCGCGGAACCUGGAGACAAAAACAACAGCAGAGCCUUGUCCAGAAAGGACAGCCGAGUGGUCACCAUGGUGUUUAUGGUCGCUUUGGCCUGCAUCAUUCUCCUCUUACCCUCUAUGCUUUUUGUGAGCGCCAGGAGAGUGGUGCCCGAUCUGGGCCAACAGCCACGUUUUAUGAACCUCUUAUCUACCCUUGUGGACAUCAUGUUCAUAUUCUCCACUCUCAACGCCAACGUCAAUAUCUUCAUCUACUACAACUUUAACUCAAGGUACAGACAGUACCUCCGACAGCACAUGCAUUGCCAGAGGAUAGAAAGGAAUAGCCAAACUGAAACAGCAUUUUCCUGA